CCACGCGAACAUGUGGCUGCAAUGUUUGGCUGCGGCUUGGCUGGUAGCGGCGGCGUCGUCGCGCGAGGUCUUCACCAACUCCUUCCUGGUGCGGUUCAAGCGGUCGGUGCGCCACGAGGAGGCGCAAGACCUGGCUUCCCGCCACGGGUUCGACAGCCUGGGCCCGCUGCUCGGGUCUGACACAGAGUGGCACUUCGCGCACCGCGGGCUACCGCACGCGCGCUCGCGCCGCUCCAUCGCGCACGCGCGCCUUCUCAAGCAACACCCUCUCGUCCACGCAGCAGUCCAGCAGACCGGCUUCAAGCGGGUGAAGCGGGGCUUUCGCCCCCUCCGGCUGCCGGAGACAGCCCCGGCCGACGAGCCGCGUGACCCCUACUUCCCUCUGCAGUGGUACCUCAAGAACACCGGCCAGAAUGGGGGCAAGCCGAAGCUCGACCUUAAUGUCGAGGCGGCGUGGGCACAGGGGUAUACUGGCGUGAAUGUCACCACUGCUAUCAUGGAUGAUGGUGUGGACUACAUGCACCCAGAUCUGAAGUACAACUAUGGCAAGAAGAUAAUUGUCAGGGAAGUAGAAAAAUCCUACUUAGUGGCGUUCCUUAACCUCCAGAGUGUAGAUUACGCUCAGAAAUGGACUGUAUAUCAGUAA